AUGCGUCUUCCUCUGUUGGCUCUAGGCGCGUUGGCCGCUCCCAGCGUCGCCCACGUCGUCCACCCCCGCGAUGACGGGCAGUGCAAGCAGACCACGGUCGCCAUCCUUGGUGCCGGAAUGGCGGGUGUUGCAGCUGCGCAAACCCUGCACAACGCCUCCAUGGACGAUUUUAUGAUCCUCGAGUACCGCGACCAGAUCGGCGGGCGCGCCUGGCAUGUGCCGUUUGGCGAGGACGAGGAGGGCAAGCCGUACAUCAUUGAAAUGGGAUGCAACUGGGUCCAAGGACUCGGUGUUCCGGGGGGUCCGCAGAACCCCGUCUGGACACUGGCCCAAGUCUACAACCUGUCCACCGUCUACUCCAACUACAGCAACGUCUCCACGUACAACCAGGACGGCUAUAAGGACUACUCCUACCUGAUGGAUCUCUACGACGACAUCUACGACACCGCCGCCGCGCAGGCGGGCGUCAUGCUGUCCGACAACCUGCAGGACCAGACGGCCAAGACCGGACUUGCCAUGGCCGGCUGGCGGCCCAAGGAGCACGACAUGGAGGCACAGGCAGUCGAUUGGUGGGAGUGGGACUUCGAGGACGCCUACACCCCGCUUGAAAGCUCCUUCAUCUUCGGCAUCGCGGGCAACAACCUGACGGAGAACGGCUUCAGCGACGAAGACAACUUCGUGAUCGACCAGCGCGGAUUCAACACGCUCAUCCACGGCAUGGCGUCGACCUUCCUGAAGCCCAACGACACACGUCUGCGCCUGAACUCUCAGGUCACCAACAUCAGCUACAGCGACUCGGGAGUGACGGUGCACAGCUCCGACGGAUCCUGCGUGCAGGCCGAGUAUGCCAUCACGACGUUCUCGCUGGGCGUGCUGCAGAACGCCGCGAUCGACUUCAGCCCAGCGCUGCCGCAGUGGAAACAGGAGUCCAUCCAGGGCUUCACGAUGGCGACCUACACGAAGAUCUUCCUGCAAUUCAACGAGACGUUCUGGCCGUCCGAGACACAGUUCCUGCUGUACGCGGACCCCUACGCCCGCGGCUACUACCCGCUCUUCCAGUCCCUCAGCACGGAGGGCUUCUUCCCGGGCUCGAACAUGAUCUUCGUCACCGUCACCGAGCAGUACGCGUGGCGCGCGGAGCGCCAGUCCGACGAGCAGACCCAGGCCGAGAUCAUGGCCGUGCUGCGCAAGAUGUUCCCGGACGUGGACGUGCCCGAUCCCAUCCACUUCCUGUACCCGCGCUGGACCACCGAGCCCUGGGCGUACGGCACGUACUCCAACUGGCCGCCGAGCACGUCGCUUGAGAUGCACGAGAACCUCCGUGCCAACACCGGACGCCUCUGGUUCGCCGGUGAGGCCACCAGCCCGACCUACUUCGGUUUCUUGCAUGGCGCGUGGUUUGAGGGUCGUGCGGCCGGCAGAGAGAUCGGCGCGUUGCUGAACGGCACCUGCCAUGCGAAUACCACCUGCCAUGGACGCAAGCACUACGAGCGCCUGCAUGGCACCACCCCAUUGGCGGAUUACAGUGCCGUGGAUGGGUGGACGGCGAACAGCUUCUAUGAUUUUAACGAUGAUUAGAUUGGGUAUAGGGUGCGGAUGUAGACGUAUUGUAUUGUAUUGUAUGUAUGUAUGGUGACCGAAUGAG